UGGACGGUCGCCCGCUGCCCGGGCUGCCAGCGCUCACUCGGGACUAGAAGCGAGCUGCAGGCGGCCGCCGAGCGGAGAAGGGACCCGCUGGGCGAGUGUCUGGCCAUGGCCCCGUGGCUGCAGCUCUGUUCCUUCUUCUUCACUGUCAACGCCUGCCUCAACGGCUCGCAGCUGGCAGUGGCUGCGGGCGGCCCGGGACGCACGAGGGGCUCCGACACCUGUGGCUGGAGGGGAGUGGGGCCAGCCAGCAGAAACAGCGGACUGCACAACAUCACCUUCAGAUAUGACAACUGUACGACCUACUUGAACCCAGUUGGGAAGCACAUGAUUGCCGAUGCCCAGAACAUCACGGUCAGCCAGUACGCUUGCCAUGACCAAGUGGCAGUCUCCAUUCUUUGGUCCCCAGGGGCCCUUGGCAUUGAAUUCCUAAAAGGAUUUCGAGUAAUACUGGAGGAGCUGAAGUCAGAGGGAAGACAGUGCCAACAACUGAUCCUAAAGGACCCGAAACAACUCAACAGUAGCUUCAAAAGAGCGGGAAUGGAAUCUCAGCCUUUCCUGAAUAUGAAAUUUGAAACGGAUUACUUUGUGAAGAUUGUCCCCUUCCCUUCCAUUAAAAAUGAAAGCAAUUACCAUCCGUUCUUCUUCAGAACCCGGGCCUGUGACCUGUUGUUACAACCUGACAACAUGGCCUGUAAGCCCUUCUGGAAGCCUCGAAAUCUGAACAUCACCCAGCACGGUUCAGAUGUGCAAGUGUCCUUCGACCAUGCGCCACGGAACUUUGGCUUCCGUGGCUUCUAUCUUCACUAUAAACUCAAGCACGAAGGCCCCUUCAGGCGGAGGACUUGUAAGCAGGAUCAGAAUACAGACACAAGCAGCUGCCUCCUCCAAAAUGUUUCUCCAGGGGGUUAUGUCAUUGAGCUGGUGGAUGACAACAACACGACUAGGAAAGUGGUGCAGUAUGCAGUGAGGCCAGUGCACUCUCCGUGGGCUGGACCCAUCAGAGCUGUGGCCAUCACUGUGCCUCUGGUUGUCAUCUCCGCAUUCGCAACACUUUUCACUGUGAUGUGCAGAAAGAAACAACAUGAAAAUAUAUAUUCACAUUUAGAUGAAGAAAGCCCCGAGUCCUCCACAUACACUGCGGCUCUCCCGAGGGACAGGUUCCAGCCACGGCCCAAGGUUUUUCUCUGCUACUCCACUAAAGAUGGCCAGAAUCACAUGAAUGUGGUCCAGUGUUUUGCCUACUUCCUCCAGGAUUUCUGUGGCUGUGAGGUGGUUCUGGACCUUUGGGAAGAUUUCAGCCUCUGCAGGGAAGGGCAGAAGGAAUGGGUCAUUCAGAAGAUCCACGAGUCCCAGUUCACCAUUGUCGUGUGCUCUAAAGGCAUGAAGUACUUCGUAGAUAAGAACUACAAACGUAGAGGUGGCAGUCGCAGUGGGGAGCUCUUCCUAGUGGCCGUGACAGCCAUUGCUGAGAAGCUCCGCCAGGCCAAGCAGAGUUCAUCUGCAGCGCUGAGCAAGUUUAUCGCUGUCUACUUUGAUUAUUCCUGUGAAGGAGAUGUCCCCUCUGUCCUGGACCUGAGCACCAAGUAUAAGCUCAUGGACAACCUUCCUGAGCUGUGUUCCCAUCUGCAUUCAGGAGAACACAGCCCGCAGGGCCUGGGUCAGCACCCAGGAAACCACAGCAGAAGGAACUACUUCCGGAGCAAGUCUGGCCGCUCCUUGUAUGUUGCCAUUUGCAACAUGCACCAGUUUAUUGAUGAGGCGCCUGAUUGGUUCGAGAAGCAGUUUAUACCCUUCCAUCCUCCCGCUGCGCGCUACCAGGAGCCGGUCCUGGAGAAGUUUGACUCAGGUUUGGUUUUAAAUGAUGUCAUAAGCAAACCAGGGCCAGAGAAUAACUUCUGUCUAAAAUCUGACACUUCUGUACUUGGGGCCACCAGGUCAGCUGACUCAUACUCACACCUGGAAAAUCACCAUGCAGGCCUGGACCAAUACACCGAGGCCCUGACCAUCUGUGAUAAUGGCCCUGUGUUGCAGCCCCUGUUGCUUGCAGGGAAAGCUAGCAUUCCCUCAGAUAUGCCACGGGACUCAGGCAUAUAUGAUUCCUCUGUGCCCUCAUCAGAGUUGUCUCUGCCUCUGAUGGAAGGACUCUCCCCUGACCAAAUGGAAACAUCUUCCCUGACUGAGAGUGUAUCUUCCUCCUCUGGUUUAGGCGAGGAGGACCCCCCUACCCUCCCUUCCAAGCUUCUCACCUCUGGGGUAUGCAAAGCAGAACAUGGUUGCCACAGAUACACCGAUGAACUCCAAGCAGUUGCCCCUUUGUAAGGGCAUGGAAGAAUCUAAGCAACACCACUUUAACUGCUGCUCACUCUGGUUGCCCAGCUCUGCGGUUGUGCAGCCUACUUGGAACAAAAGUGGCCAAUUCUCCAUCCUUUCUGCUCUAGCGUUUCCCAUCUCCCAAAAGCAUAUGGAGCUCUACAAGGCAUGUCUGCUAGAUCAGGCAGCAGCUGGCUGUGUGAUGGGAGCCUGUUCUGGGAGCUAGAGAGGAAGCAGGUAGAGAGAAGAGAAAGCACCAGCACUUCUUGUUCUGACUUCACUGAACUCUGCAAACCUUACCUAGCCCCUCUCGGCUAACUUUAAUUCAAAUGCUUUGUGGAAAAAGCACUUUGAACGUCGUUACAGCUACACAUGUCAAGUACUGUCUGGGACCCAGAUUGUGCUGCAAGUGAUAUUUCCAUUCACUUUUGAUGUGGAACUUACACUGUUGUCCUGAGUGUUCACUAAACUUUGAGUCAAAGGUCCAGACAACGACUAAGUGUCCAUCCAGUCACUUUUUAUGAAACAACUGUCUCUGUUUUGCUGGGAAACAUGGCUGACCAGGAUGGACUUGCAUGGAGCACGCUGACCAUCUUGACCAUCCUAUGCAAGGAAGAUACCAGAACCUGGGCAUCUUCCCUGGGUUUAAGUGGCCAUCAUGUGGGGACCACAGCUGUCUGUUUAGUUUCCCUGGGUUACAUUUACUGCUCUGUAGCUGAGGUGAUGAUGGCUGGAAAUAGAGGACUGAUACCCAGCUAGACGACAUUGUUGGAAGCUGUGGUUUCAGCCUCAGCUGGUGCUCUAUGUCCUGAAUGUCAGAGAUCAGAAUAUACUAAAAUACAACAGUGUGUGGGA